UCAGUAGAAAACUUAUGAGGGACAUCUUUAGUUUAUAGAAAUCUGAUCAUUUAGGGAUUGGAUGAAAUUAUUUAGACCAGGUUGGAUUUUUAAGAAUGAAGCGUAAUAAUAUGCUUAAAUGGCUCAUUUAAGGGAAUCCAUUUUCAGUCUCUGUGUGUCAUUUCUGAAUCUUUCCACGCUGGGUUUCCCCACUCUGUUUCCGUCUUCUAGCCCAGCCCCCUGGGUGUAAACUGCGCAGCGGAUUGGGCCUCGUUCCGGCGUUACGACACACCCUCCGUCCGCAGCCGGGCGCCGCCACCUGAUGCUUGGCAGCCUAAACUUCAGUCCUGACAGAGAGCAGAGGAGCACAAUGCUGCAGCUCUAGCUGUUUCCAAACCAUUAGGCUUCUGUCUGUGGAUUUCUGAGGGAGGGAGAGGCGUUGACUUUGAGGUUCUGGCGCGGCUCGGAGGCAAACUCACUGGAAAGAGAGAAAGGAAGUUUCACUUAAGAGGGAAAUGCGACGGCGCUCUAGGAAGAAGAAUGCAGUUCUGGCAGUUCUGCUUCUCGUCACUGUCCUGUACUUCCUCUAUCCGUUGGAUUUCCUCCUCAUGGGUUGGACUAGAUCGGCUCCAAAGCAACUGAGCUGGCAAUUGGAGAGGCUCGUCAGUAAGGAGUCCUGGGCGGAACAGGGAGAUUAUCUGCAUCUCAAUGUGACCUAUCAGCUGCUGGCAGGAACGCCAUCCACUCGGCAGAAGUUCCUAACCAUCGGCAUGUCGUCAGUCAAGCGGAAGAAGGGCAGCUACCUGGUKCCCACGCUGCAGUCGCUCUUCUCCCAGUCGUCUCGUGAAGAGCGCUCCUCCAUGGUGGUGGUGGUACUGAUCGCAGACUUUGACGUUCGCUGGAUAACCAGUACCGUCAGGGAAAUCAACUCAACGUUUGCCUCUGAGCUGGACCUAGGCCAGCUUUUAGUCAUCCACGUGUCGCAGAAGUGGUACCCUCCUCUGACAGGCUUGAAGAGGAACUACAACGACGCUCCUGACCGGGUGUCGUUCCGCUCCAAGCAGAAUGUGGAUUACUCCUUUUUGAUCCACUACAGUGCAGGUCUGGGGCAGUACUACCUCCAGCUGGAAGACGACGUCUUUUCAGCACAGAACUUUCUCACAACUAUUCGGAAGCACAUUGAGGAGCAAAACGCAAAAAAGGACAGGUGGGCAAUGUUGGAGUUUUCAGCCCUUGGUUACAUUGGGAAACUCUACAAGUCCGCCGACCUUCCUCUUCUGGCCCGCUUCCUUUUUCUCUUUUACCAAGAAAUGCCUUGUGACUGGCUGAUGUCUCAUUUCCGACAGCUGAUGACCCAAAGAGAGACCAUCCUCUUUAAACCCUCACUCUUCCAACACAUGGGCACUUUUUCGUCAUUCCAGGGAACAUUCAACAAGCUAAAGGAUAAGAACUUUGAAGAGGGACUAUACACCAAUCCCUCAGCUGAAGUGUAUUCAAACAUGUCCACCUACCAGAAGUACUUCCCCAAACUGGCCUGGGAUCCCGGGGAGGGCUUCUUCUGGGGGCGCUCUCCAGGAAGAGGAGAUUAUUUGACGGUGGUGUUCCUGGAGCCUGUGGUGGUUGCGGGGAUACUGGUGGAAACGGGAUCAGGAGGAAAGGACCUCCUGGACUCUGGUCAGGUGGAGCUAGGCCAAGACGUGUUCACUGCAGCGAUGAAGAGCUGUAAAACCUUCCAGUCACUGGGAGCUUUUAUGAAUGGAAAAUUUGAGAUGCGAGAGGUAGACAAACGGCACGGCUCUGCUUCUUCGUGUCUGAGGAUAUCUGUGACCGCCGGGCAGAAAGACUGGCUGAUCAUUCGGAAAAUAAGAAUCACAACGAAGUCCAGCGCAUCCUGACGCCAAAAGUAGCUGGUUUGUCUGUCUUCCAGCCUGACUAACAUUUUGGUUUCCAGUUUGAGUAAGGCAUCCAACUGGAAAUACUGGUGGUGGUGACGACGGGAAGUUGGGGUGUGUGGUUCUAAACUGAUCCUGUUAUAAAACAUUGACCAUGCCUGAGUGGAGCUGCUUCCAACCUCGAGAUGUUUGACCAAAGCAAAUGAUGUACAGAGAUUAAACAGCCAUAGUAGAUAAUAAUCUAAAUCCAUCUGGUCUUUUUGUUUCUUACUGUAGGAAUCUGCAGCAUUUUUUGCUGUUUUUAUAUGGUACAUUCUCCUCUAGACUGUUGUAUUUGUACCUUUUUUCUUAAAGUAUAAAUCACUUUUUGCAAAUGUUUUCUUGCAUCACAUUUUCUAGAAGGAAACCUGUGCUACCUCACACAUUAAAUGUGUUAUUUUCUUGGACCAAA